AUGACGUAUAUCUUCUCUUCGGAGCAGCAUGGCCACCUCGUCCCUUACAUUGCCGCCCUGCAUGCGUCGUGCAUCACCAUCGACCACAUGAUAGGGCCCUUCCUGCCGCCCCUGACCAACGAGAAGCUGCUGCCGUGGUGGAAGGAGAGGCUUGCCGAGGCCAAUCAGGGCACCCGAGUCAUCGUCCUGCUCCUGCCCGAGACGGCCCCCGGCGCAAAGCCGGUAGGCACCGACCUCCGCGGCCUCGCAAUGCUCAGGCUUUCCAGCUCCGAGACGGCCUCGUUCCGCGGCCGCAUCGACGCCGUCCUGGUGAACCAAAAGUACCGCCGCCAAGGAGGCGCCAAAACCCUAGUCGAUGCCCUCGAGUACGAAGCUGCUAAGAGGGGCCGGACCAUGCUGCGUGUAAAUACCGAGACGGGCAGCGUAGCCGAAGCGGCGUUCAAAAAGUUCGGCUACAUCGAGAUCGGCAAGGUGCCCCAGUUCAGUCGCGUGCUGUCAAACGAUAAAAAGGGCGAGACCUUUUUCUACAAGGACCUUCUUCCCUAG